AUGAGUGGAAAGGUUACGGUGCGUAAGUGUAAACAGUAAAACGACUUUUCAAAUAUUUAUUUCGGAAAAACUUACUCCUCAGUCACUAAGUACGCGUCCCGACCACGCUUAGGAGAAACGUCUCUUUUUUCAUAUUUAUCGGUUCGUUUCUUCAUCUUCGUAUGUAAAGUUUUGGAAAUAAUAAUUCAUUCAGGGAUUUCUGCAAGUCUUGCACUGAUAGUAUACGACUGUUAGUGAGCAGACAAGGCUGAGUUUGUAUUGUGUGUGUUUACAUUAGAUUAAGAAUUUAAACAAAACUUUGAGGUUGAAUUGUAUUUAUACGGAGGAAAGCGUUUUGUUUUUUUUUUUAAUUUUUUUUCCCACAGGAUAGGGGAUUAUUCGUGAAAUAGUAACCAUAAUCUUGUAGUUUGGUCGUAUAGAGCUGUGGCCACAUUAAGCUAAACUUAUGGAGCCUCCAAGGAUACAUUGACAUGAUGAGUAUUAUAAAUAAACCCAGCAAUUUUGUUUUGAAGCUGCAAAAAGUCAAUUAAAUUACCUUUGUCUGCAUGAUGCAGUUGUCUACUCUUGUUUUGCAUUUGGGUGAAUUAAACAGAAUUCAUUGAUAAGACAUAAGAAAAUAGUAUGUUUGACACUGGUCAUUUGUUUGAUUAAGAUAUAUAUAUAUAUAUAUAUAUAUAUAUAUAUAUUUUUUUUUUUUUUUUUUUAAAUUGAUUGUUUGGGUUUGUUUUGGUUUUGUUUUGUUUAUUUUAUUUAUUUUUGCUUCAGAACACUUUUCCAGAUGAUGAUGGCUCUGUCACUGAAAUUAAAGAUGCAGAUCUCAACUCUAGUGGAUCUGCAGUUAAGGUAUUCUCAAAAUUUGGCUAAAUUCUUUUUCUUGUAAUUUCAAAGAAUGAUAUUUUUUUUAUAGAGGUAUUAGUUAUAGGGUAUAUAGCAAGAGGCAAUAUAGAGAAGAAAACAGCAAAAACAACAACAACAACAACAACAGUGAUAGAUGUAUAUAGAUGCUUCCAAAUAUGUGCCUCUAAACUCAAAAUGUAAAAAAGUGCCCCUUAUAAAAAGCUCUUUUUAAUUACUAAAAGUGUUCCAACACUUCUGAGGACAACUGAAAUAUUUUGAUCAUUAGGUAAGGUGAAAAAAGGUUCAAGAGGCCUUGCAAAUAUGUUAAACCUGUAACUCCCAUGAAUGAUUAAGACAUAAUUUUUUCUUUACAGUAUCAAGCAGACAAGUAAUGGGAAUAGAGUUAAAUGACAAUUAGGGGAUUACUAGUUGAUCCAAUACCAAAUUCUUCAAAUUAAUAUGAAAAAAUUGUAUGGCAAAUGGUAGGGGGAAUUACUAAUGAGAUCUUGGAAGGGAAAGGAUUAAAAUGGAUUGUUAAGGUAAACCAUUUAGGAAAAGAAACCAUAUCUUACUCCUGGCUGUUUUACCCUGUAGAAAGUAGGUAGACUAUGAGCUCUGAUCUUGAAAGCCAAUUGACGAAGUCUCAAUGCAGGCUUUGUUAAGUUUUCAAAGACUGAAUGGGAGAAAAUAUCUAUUCAGAACUGAAUUUCUUUAUCUCCAUCACAGAGAAGUGCAGAGAGAGAGGAAAAUGAUGAAGAAUCAGAACCAGAGGAAGGCAAGUGCAGACAAUCAUUUAUACACCAUAAAACAUUGGACUUAUUAUCACUGAGAUUGCUGACAAAUUUUAAUCCAAAUUCUCUGACUUUUGCCUUCUCUCCAACUUUGUCUCUUGUACUGUGUUUUCUGUGAUCCUUCAAAGCUAUGCAGUGUAGGUGGGUAUUGUAGCAAACUACAGGUUGUUUUAAGAAUCAUUCCUUGAUAGAUCCUUAAAAGUGGCUUUGUGAAAGUUAUAUGUCAAGUUAUAUGUCUUAGAUUGGAGUUUUGUUCAAAUCCAUAGACUACAGAAAAAUCCCUGUGUAUAUAUAUCAUUUUUUGUUUUUUAUGGCCAAAGUACAGCUUAACAUAAACCAGAGGUCUGCGAAACUAUUUUAAAUGUGAGUGUGCUUGUUGAUGUGAAGUAUACAGGCAAAUGACAGAUUUGACUUUAAAUAUUUCUACAGCUGCUUGUUCAUCCCCAGUUAAAAAAGUGGCAAAGCUCAACAACACAAGCACACAAGGUACAUAUUACUACCUAUUACAAGAAUAUUUUAGAUUUUUUAAUUUUCAACUCUGAUCAUUGCAUUUCUAGUGUUCUGGUUCAUUCACUCAAAUGCAGUUAUCAGUUCAUAUUCCAAGUCACCUGAUAUGAAAAUGCAUUGCUUCAACCGUUGCUGAAGAGGCUCCAAAUUUCCAAACAUUCAGGAUUUUAUAAAGUUUAAUAAAACAGUUAUUCUAUUUCUUGUUGGACAUGAGAUUAGUUAAAGCCAACUCAGUGUUAUGCUCCUUAUUGGUUAAUAGUAUGUACCUUCUCAUAUCCAACAUAUGCCCAUGGAGUAAUUGCUAAAUAUUAAAUGGCAAGGCUAUUGUGUAUUUUGUUGACAGGCAGCAACCUUUCUUGUAGAUGAGCAUAUUGGUUGCUAAAGUUCUAAAACACUUGUAACAAGGGGAAUGCCAAAAUUUCACUCUCAAAUGUGUGCAGUUGUUUAAUUUUUGUGUUUUUACUCAUUAUUUUUCCACCUCAUUUCAGAAACAGAAGAUGUUAAACCUCCAAAGCUUAUCUUUAAGCCAUCAAUCCUUUCUGAUGUGGCAAAGAACUUGACAAGUUCGUCAGCAAAAAGUAAAUGUAAACUUAUUGAAAUCUACUCUUUUUUUGCAUUGAUAAUGCUCAUAUUUGGGAAUUUUCAUCACUUUCUACAGGAUGUAUCAAAAGUCAGAAAAUCACAUAUAAAUAUUAUCAUAGAGGGAAUGUGUUUUUUGUUAAAAACUAAUUUCCUGAAAGCUUAAUUUGCUUAUUGUUUUAUUUUGUUGUGUUACAGUUCUCUAGAGAUUAAGCUAAACCAUGAUGUGUUUUUUUUAUUCAUUUUGUAGUUGAUAGAAAUUCCACAGCAUCACCUGUCCCAAAGGUAUGUCAUCUUUUUGCAAUGAGAUUGUAAACAAUAGUAAACUAUUGUUCAACUUCAAUCUUAAUACUACUGGGAAUUUGAUGUCUGGGUAGUUUAUAUUAACUCAUGAUAAAAUUUCAAAUACCUAAAGUUCUCCCUUUGUCUUUUUCAAUGCUGCACUUUGCUUGUUGUGUCUUUCAGUUGUGUGUGAGAAGUAAGUGAUAUUUCGUUGAUGAAAUUAUUUGGAAGAGCUAUGACAUUUAAUUCAACAUAAUUCUGAUUCAUCUUUCCCCUCUCUUAAUCACAGACUUUAGGAGUCUCUAGCAGUGAAAAUUCGGUGGCAGAGCUGAACACGGAUGCAUCACAGCGCUCACAUGAAUCUGCUCCCCCAGAGCAGCUUGCAGGAAUUAUUGGAGCAUCAUCCAAAAAUUAUUUUGAACAAUUUCUUUUUGGUUCUAAAGAGUAAGUUAAACUGCUUCUAGUGGUAUGGAAAUUAUUUGCCUCAUGAAAUAUUUUUUGGUUUGUUUUUUAUUUUUUUUUGUUGUUACUUUUUUUAGGUCUUCCACAAAACCUUCUGGUGGGUCCUUUGUAUUUGGACAAAACAUGAGUGAUCGAGUUAUGGUAAGGAAGCUGACAAAUGCUCUUAAUCAAUCACACACAAACUAAGGUAUGGCACUUUGAAACAAUCGAACUGGAUUCAAUGACUAGUAGCUGAUGGUUGUAAUACAGUGUCAUAGUCAAAAUAUAUUUACAUUGUACAAGUGAGGAACAAAAUGUCAAUGUUCUGGAGGACAAAAAAAACCCUAAAAUUUAGUAGACAUAAAAGAAGGAAAGUGCAGUGGAUCUAUCAGAAUUUUUCUAUUUAAUUAUAUUUUCUUUUCUUUAUCUGUUAGUUCUCAACUGAUAGUGCCACAGAAGAUGGAGGUUCUGUUGAGAAAUCAGACCCUGAGAAUACAGCCGAUGCAAAUAGUUCCUCUAAGGAUCACAAAACAGGUUCCAGAAACAUGAUAUUGCAAUAUUGUAGUAAAACACCCUUUAGAGACAGUUAUACAAUAUACAGUCUGCAAAUUUUUUUUUUUGCUGCUUUAAAAUCCUUGUUAAUUAAUAUAUUGUGUAAAAUAUCGUGACAGAGUGUAUAAUUAAGCUGCUCCUCUGUAAAUAGUAAAUCAUUGGUCCUUGAUUCCUGCUGGUUUAGUCAGGGAGGAAGGCUGGAGAAGGUUCCUUUUGCAUGAGAGUCAGUUGAAAAAGACAUUACACUUUGACUGUAAAUUGCUUCCUUUGAUUACUUGGUUAUUUUACCUCUCCAAAAAUUACAACUAACCGAACAUUGUAACCUUGUAAUCUGCAAAUCAGAGGUGAUGGGGCUGUAACUUUCACAGGGCUUAAGACAAGGUGCAGUGGGAAAAUUUUGACUUUGCAUGAGUUUGAGGGCCAGUUGUGCCCAAAAAAAGUUAUUGUGCCAACAAUUGUGCAGUGUUAUUCAAUUUGAAUAUGAACAAAAUAUUUGUGGUAUUCAUAGAUAACUGCCCUUGUAGCAGACAUUGAAUAUGCUAUAUCAUACCUUUUUUUUUAUCAUAUUGCCAAAAAAAUUAUUUCUGUAGGGAUUAACUUGCAUUUAUAUUUUACUCUACACUUGCCUUCAUCUAGUAGGCUGAAAUUAAGAAACCAUUUUACUACUUUUGCAAAUGCGACUAGUCUUCAAGGUUUAAAUUAUUAUUACAUUUGUUAAUAGAAUGUUGUAGAAAGUUGUAGUGUGAUGUCACAAUUCUCCAGUACUUACACUGUAUGACCAAGCUUUUCAAGAAACUUGCUAUUGAAAGCUAUAUGUACUCUCCACAACAGCAGUCCUACACAAGCACUCUUUUUCAGAAGCACUGCUUUAAUAGCACCUCAUGAAGGCACUCUUACAUAUUUUGUGGGGUUUUUCAGAAGGAUAGAUUCAUUCUAAUUGUAGCAGUUUUCAUUGCAGGGGAUGAACUAAAAACAUUAGCAGAUGUGGCCCACUCCUAUGCUGAUGCCCCUGGUCCAAGCUCACCUAAUCAAGAUAAACCUCACAAGUCACUCGCAGAGGCUGCUAUGGCUUAUCAGGAACACCUUAGUCCACCAAAGUCACAGCCUGCCAGGGUGUCUGUGGUCACAGGUGAAGAAGAGGAAAGGAAUGUUCUGCAGGUGAGAAUUUUUUUAAAAGGAGUAAAAGGCAAAUUAUUUUUCUCUUGGCAGUGUUACAUGUUUUUUAGUUUAUAUAAUGUUAUUUCAUUUAUAUGAAUGAGGGAUUCGUUAAUUUUUCUGUUGCCUGUCUGGUCAUAUGCAUUUUUGUUUGUAGCGCUACACCUCACAGAAUAACUAACCACCUUGGCAACUGAUUUAUGGUCUGAGAAGUAGAUUUGAUAUAUUCAAGAAAAAGUUCCAUGUGUAGGCCAAGAAUUUGACAACUUACUCUCAAAUGUUAACAUUUCAAGCCUUUUUAUUUCAGAGCAACUGCCGCCUGUUUGUGUUUGAUACAAUAACACAUUCUUGGAGGGAGAAAGGGAGAGGGAUACUCAGAUUGAAUGACAUGUGUCAAUCAAUGACAGAAGGAAUUUUCCAGUCAAGGCUUGGUGAGUUAUUUUUCAACCUCAUAAAAUUUUUUAUUCCCUCAAGAACCAUCAGAAGGGACUGGUGAAUUAUUUUUGUAGACCAUUUUUGUUGACUAUCUAGACUACUCGAUUGCUUUAUAUCUUUCAUUUCUCAAUUUUUUUUUUCACUCUUUUACCUACAUGCAAUUUCUCCUCUUGCUGCACUGACCUUUACAUGUAUUUUAUAUUACUUAAAGUAAACUCUGUUCCAGUCAUGCAGUAUGUGGGACAAGUGAAAAAGCCUGACAAACGAGGAAAAAUUCUGACUAAAACUGAGAUAGAGAUUUGCUUUUUGUGCUGAUUUUUUCUGCUCAUCUCGUCUGACCAAGAGCCUUUGCAUAGGCUAUUCUGAUGUCAAUGUUUGUCUAAAUUCACCAUUUUAGUGAUGCGCACACAAGGUAGUUUACGUGUUGUCCUCAACACUAAGCUUUGGCCAAGUAUGACUCUUGAAAAAGGAAAUGAGAAGAGUUUACGGAUAACUGCCAUGGACACUGAUAAGGACAUCAAAAUUUACCUCAUAAUGGUAAUUGAGUUUUUCUAUGUUAUCCUAAGUAAGCUACAAAUCAAACAUUAAAAGAAAGUCCAAACUACUUGUUUAGCUGUAUCAGGGAUGGUUAAAAUUAUCCUACGAGUGGCUUAAUGUAUGGUUUAUAUAUGAUAACUUUUUUUCCUUUCUUUGAAAAAUCUCAAUUAUUUUCACGAUUGUAUGUUGUCAUUUAGACUGCGAGCAGGCUCUUCAGAGGCCUCCAGUUGUGAGCUACACCUACACCAGCAUCGGCCUCCGCAUGUACGCCCACGCGCGCUCACACCUUCGUGUCUGUCCCCCGCGAAAGAGCCAGCUUGUAAUACAGAAGCAUAAAGCUUCAUUUAAACAACUAGCUUGUAAUACAGAAGCAUAAAGCUCCACUUAAAAUAACCAGAUGAUUUGAAUAACUUUUUAAGUUCAUUUAAGUGUCACCGUUGAAGGGCGAGUCCUAGCUAUUAAAAUUGUUUUAAUAAAAUGCGGAAUCGUUUUGUACGUAACGUUAUUGAAUGCUGAGCUCUACUCCCAAUUAACUUUCUCCGAAAUAUCAGCAGACACUUGUACGUUACGUGACUUGUUUGGUUUUUCUCGUAGGCUGCACCGAACGACAUCCAGAGGCUAUGGACCGCAAUUGAUCGUCGUAUCCAAGCAUUAAAACGUGGUCAAAACACCCAAGCUAAUGAAGAAAGCAGUGUCCAAGGGCCCAGUGCAGAUGACGAGGAGGAGACUAGGACCGAGCCAGAUGACGAGCUUAAAAGCACUGGACACGAAGACGACGAUGAACCUGCCAAAGACCGAUGUGAAGUCGUGGAUAAAAGCAAUAAUGAUUCGUGCCCAACGGGGGAGGGAAGGGGUAAAGAAACAGUCGCUAAUGAUGAUUAAAUAUUUGUACACGUUCGUGGCUGUCUCGUCCGAGAUAUCUGUUCCGUUCUGGAGCCUUCUAUCUUUAAUUCAGGACAUGAAAUUGACCUGUACGCACUGGAUAUGCCACCUUGUGCUUUCAAUGAUCGACAGCGAAACUUUUGUGUUACUAGGUAUUUUGAUGUUUCCCGGAAGUCAAGGAG